AUGAAGCAUAACAGCACCCCAGUAGUGAAAAGCACGACUAGAGAGCUUAGCUAUAUCAUACUUUCAGGGAUUAUGACGUGUUACACUGUUACUUUCGCAAUUUUGGCCAAGCCAUCCUCAAUUUCAUGUUUUUUAGCCAGGAUUAUCCCACCCAUUGCCUUUUCAAUUGUAUACUCUGCCCUGCUAACAAAAACCAAUCGUAUAGCUAGAAUCUUGGCCGGCAGCAAAAAGCGGAUUCUCACGAAGAAACCGCGAUUCUUGAGCACAUUUUCUCAGGUAAUCAUCACAUGGAUUCUUGUUGGAAUUCAAUGUGUGGUUGUUGCUGUCGGUGUGCUACGAGAAUGGCCAUCAGCCGGUUUUUCUCCGCAUUAUUUGCCGCAACGGUACAUUUAUGAAUUUUGUGGCGGAGCUCCAAGUUUACAGUAUCCCACCGUAGCACUACAGUGA